AUGUCCGCGAAGGUCUUCCACAUCCCCCUCAUCCAAGUAACGCCUUCCUUCAAGCUGUCGGCCAUCGUCCAACGGACCCCCAAGCCCAGCGACGAUGCUGCUCGAGACCAUCCCGAGAUCAAAAUUUACCACUCAGCAGACCAACUUUUCACAGACUCUUCCCUCGAAAUCAUCGUCGUAACCACAACCCCCGAUACCCAUUUUCCGUUUGCAAAGUCUGCUUUGGAAGCAGGGAAGCAUGUCUUGGUUGAGAAGCCAUUCGUGCCUACAUCGGCCGAAGCGCAGCAACUCAUCGACAUCUCAGCAAAGGCUGGGAAGCUGAUCUGCGUAUACCAGAACCGACGAUGGGAUUCAGAUUUCCUGACUGUGAAGAAAUUGAUCAAGGAGGACACCAUUGGCCGCGUGGUAGAAUUUGAGACGCACUUCGACCGGUACAAGCCAGAGCGACCUUCGACCUGGAAGGGUACACUGAGUAUGGCUCAGGCAGGAGGUGUUGUGUAUGAUCUGGGGACCCAUCUUCUCGAUCAGGCGUACGUGCUUUUCGGACUUCCGAAGACUGUGACGGCGAUCUUUGCGAACCAGAGGAAUGAUGGAGGAGCUGAGCCGGAUAGUAUCUCGGUUAUGCUUGGGUACGGAGCUGGUGGACCACUUGUCACUGCCAAAGCCGGUGUGAUGUGUGUUGAGACUGAGCAGUUGCGAUACUGGGUUAGAGGGGCGAAGGGAAGCUUCAAGAAGUUCCACUUGGAUGUCCAGGAGGAUCAGCUCAAAGCAGGGGAGAAGCCUGGGGAUAAGGGCUUUGGAGUUGAGAGUAUAGACAGGUCGGGAAAGUUGGUGGUGCUAGAGGGCGGCGAGCCGAAGGAAAGUGUGCUGGCUAACGUUGAGCCCCAAACGUAUGCUGCGUUAUACAAUGGUUUUGCGAAGGCUGUUGCUGGGGGAGGCGAAAGUGUGGUGCCAGUGAAGGCCAGUGAGGCGAGGGAUGUACUGAAAAUUAUCGAGGCGGCGAGGGAAUCUGCUAAGAGCGGAAAAUCCGAGAGUCUGUAG